AUGAACAUACUCAACAGGUUGGGUUUAGGAUCAAGUGGACAAACGAAUAUGAAUCCUUCUCCGAUCGCUCAAGGGAUCGACGACGAUACUCCGGCGCCGGAAAAUCAAUUUGCCCAAUUCGGCGCUGGAUGUUUCUGGGGCGUAGAGCUGGCGUUUCAGAGGGUUCCAGGGGUGACUCAGACCGAAGUUGGGUAUACUCAAGGGAUCAUACACAAUCCUUCGUACGAGGAUGUAUGUUCUGGCACCACGAGCCAUGCUGAGGUUGUUAGAGUUCAGUAUGAUCCCAAAGAUUGUAGCUACGAGUCUCUUCUUGAUUUGUUCUGGUCUAGGCAUGAUCCCACCACCUUGAAUCGCCAGGGAAAUGACGUGGGAACCCAGUACCGAUCUGGGAUAUACUUCUACACACCCGAGCAGGAGAAACUAGCCCGCGAGUCUCUGGAACGUCACCAACAACAAAUGGAGAGAAAGAUCAUGACUGAGAUUUUACCGGCUAAGAAAUUCUACAGAGCCGAGGAAUAUCAUCAGCAGUAUCUGUCAAAGGGUGGACGGUCCGGCCUCGGACAAUCCGCUGCCAAAGGCUGUAAAGACCCAAUCAGAUGCUACGGGUAA